ACCUUAGUUUCUUACUCUUCCAACUUCAUCACUUGAACACACACACACACACACACACACACACUUCUUGUUUGCCAAAACUUAUUUGGCUUCUUUCCUUUCCGCAAUGGCCAUGAAAGCCAUGCUUUUUGUUUUGGCCUACAUGCUUGUACUCACUACAAAGGCAAUGGCCCACGCCCCAGCUUAUGCACCGGCUAAGACCCCGCCGGUCUUAACCCCAAAGAAGGCUCCAGCAUAUGCACCCAUGCCUCUUGUGUAUCCUCCUGUCAAAUCCGAAUCUCCCGAGCCACCGGUCUUAACCCCAAAGAAGGCUCCAGCAUAUGCACCCAUGCCUCAUGUCUAUCCUCCUGUCAAAUCCGAAUCUCCCGAGCCACCAAAGUUUCACGGUUGCUCAGAUGGGUGUUGGCACUACUGUGAUAAACAUCAUACCAUGGGAGAACAUAAGAAGAGGUACUGCCAGAGAAUAUGUGCUGCCUGCUGCAAAAAAUGCAAAUGUUUCCCUUCAGAUGGAAAGACUUGCACUGGCUGGGAUGAAAUCGUUUACCAUGGAACUCCAAUUAAGUGUCCUUAGAAAAUAUUCCCACCUACCCAAUUAAAUCAUCAAUCAUCCCUAAUCUCUAAUGUUAAAUGUUAAUUAAUAUUAAUUCUGUGUUGCAAUUUAUCAUCAUGAUGAUGUUUUUCAUGUUUUGUUGAUUCAGUUGGUUUCUGUUAGUUUAAUCAUCAUUUAAUAAACCCUAUGAUGGGAAGACAAUAAACAUGGUUCUUCUGAACCUCCUCAUAUAUGUAACUUAUUAGUUGAAAUAUUGGUUGUUUUAUUAACUUCUUUAUUUAUUUACAUUA